AUGUUAUAUCAGCAAUAUGGUCCUGUCCGGAUCGGCCGCCUAUUGAGCUCGAUCUGGACUGAAGGGAUAUUUCCAGCAAUCUUGGGCCGUCGGAAUCCAGAAGAUAAUAAUAUCAAUCUUAGUUCACCACCUAUAAAGGCGGAUCCAUCCUCCACAGGGCGUAGACCUGUCCUGACUUCGUGGAAGAGAACGGAGUGGGGAGGAGAUCGGGAACGCUGGGGUGUGAGGCUAGCUAUGGGCUUAAAAAAUAAAAGAGAGGGGAAACUAAACUACCCCACACCCACCACACCCACCACACCCACCACACCCACCACACCCCCCCCCAUCCACACCACACCAACACCCAUCCAUCCGACACGCCGCUGA